UUUGUUCCAUUUUUAGUUUUUUAUCUUGUAAGAAAAAAAAAAAAACACUUUUACUAGACUCUGGCUUCAGUACAGCUUUGUUCCUAACAAAAUACACUUGACUGAAAAGGAAGACGAAUAAGGGACUGACGAAGAAGCAGAAGAGCAACAGACUCAAAUACACAUUAAAGGGUCUCUCUUCACUAAAGAAUAGACCUAUUUAGUUUAUAUAUACGUCUCAAUCAAACAUUCCAUUAAAGCAGCAGACACUUACACCGAACAAGCAUUCGAAUCAAUGAAUUCAACAUGUGGAUAAGGCACAAACAUUUCAUCAGCAUCCUAUCCAUUCUCCUCAUUAUAUGCAUCGCUGUGUCCACUUACUUACUAUACAAGCAGCAAAGAGAAGGUUCUUUGUCUUCAAACUCACUACUACGUUACUUUCUAAAAGAUAGUAGCAACAGUGAAAGCUUCUUGGCCUAUUUACCCCAUUCCGGACUUUCUAAUCAGCGUAUUGAACUUGCUAAUGCUCUACUUCUAGCUGCUUUACUCAAUCGAACGCUUAUCGUUCCACCAGCAUUUCUCGGCAGUGUCGUAGGUUGGAUGCCGUUUGAACAACUCGAGGAUCAUCUUAGCUGGCUCACUACACCCAAAGAUUUCGACUUACUGUGUCGACUACCUACGCCCGGCACCCUUUCCAGUUACGUACAACGCAGCAAAUGCGCGGAAUACCAUCAGUUUGCAGCUAUCCGUUGGGAUCAACUACACGAUUUCACCACAUUAAUAAACAAGUACAACAUUCACAUUCGCUUUCAAGAUACUGUAUCUCUUGCUCAACUUCAAAAGGAUUUAGGAUUAUCUUCCCAUGAUACCUACGUCCACUAUGACGAACAUUUAUAUGACUGGCGCCUCUACGAAGACGUGGAGGAGGCUUCGUCUAUCUUGGCCAACGGUUCCAACUUUGUCGACAGUUUUACCGAUCGAAAAUUUUACAAGAUAUUCACAUCCUAUCAUUUUAAAAAUCGCACAGAACGUCUUCUCCAUCUGGGUGGUGUUUUCGGUUCGACACGUAUGAACAUGGUUGAACCCGCCCAUAUCGAGCUACAACAACAAAUUUCAGAGACGCUACAUUAUCGACUGGAUACGCCAUUAGGAGAAGCUGUGGCGAACGUUGUCAACCAUUUAGGCGGAAAGGCGACUUAUCACGCAGUCCAUUUCCGACUAAGAGACAUGCCUUUUCGAAAAUAUGCAACUGAAAAUAUGAAGCAAUUCGAAAGGAACAUGACGAUAGCAACGGGCGGUAUGGUACCCCCGUUGCCGCCUUACGAUAGGAAGACAGGACAAUUGGUGGCUCCGUCUAAACCACCACCGGCGCCAAAGUAUGUGGUUUCUGUAGAGCCACACCAAGAUUUAACCCAGCCUCCAUGGUCGAAUGUAUGUCGUAACUUAUCACCUCUUUUUGACAACUUUGGUAAAGAAAAUGAAAAUGGAGCGGCAGCUUUCAAUAGAACGGGUAGAGAUAUUGAAGGAUGGAGGACAGUUGUAUAUAUUGCUACAGAUCAUCGCGAUAUUCGCGGCAAUCAUAGUCGUGUUCUCGAAUGGUUUGAUUAUUUUCCAUGCACAGUCACUCUCAAUGAUAUACCACCUGAUUUAUUGGCACCUUUAGACAGCAUGCAUUGCUUGUUCAAUCCUUCAAAAACGUUACGAUCGUAUUUAAUACCCCUUGUGGACGCAAUGGUAGCGGCUCAUGGAAAACGAGUUCUGACAACGCCAAGGUCAACGUUCUCAAAAUACAUUGGGGAAUUGAACGAGGCAUGGGUGUUAAAAGAACAAGGAUUGAACGCAUCCUCUUUUUGGAUAUAUCCUGAUAAUUUUGUAUAGAGUUUUCUUUAUUACUUUUUCAUUUAUAAUUUCUGUUUCAAUGUAAAUCUUGUCCAAAACAAAAACAAAAAAAAAAAAGGAAAAAAAUAUUGAUUUGCUCCUCACCUC